GUGUCAGUCAGGCUCGAGACACCCGCGCGAACGGAACGAAAGAGAGAAAAAGAGAGGAAGAGAGAGACAGAGAGCGGUGGUGGUUGGCUUGCCUCCCCUUUUUCGGAUACGUUCUUCGGAUGCGACCCCUCCUCCAGCGCCCUCCUCCACCCACUCAGGCGAAAUAGUAAUCUCCCUGUUCCGCGUCUCGGAACAGUGUCGCGCGGUGUGUCGUACGGGAUACGCGCAGGAGAGCGGCCAAACCGCCCGGUUAUCACCCGGCGUUGUCACCCCGCUCGUUAUCACCCCGCUGCACCUUCUCCUUCUCCCGUUGCCCUGCUGUGCAUCGUCCGCGAUCACCGGCCGGCGCGACGCCGAGGACGACCGCGGAGAGGAGGUAACGUACGUCGAAGAGGAAACGCACGGCGGCGCGGUCCCGAGUUUCGGCAGAGAGGGCCGACGAUCGAGGCGGCCGGCCACGAGCUAAACACCAGCCGAGUGUGUCCACGGUGUGAUCGCGCGAGGCAGCCACAAUGGCAGAGGUGGCGACGAAGAAGUCGAUCAAUGUAGUAAGUAGCAAGAAGAGCGAGGUGUGCGGUGUGCAGUCUAACAACGGUUUGAUUGAUUUGGAUGGUCUAACCGCGAGUAACAACCAACUAAUCUCAUUGUGCGACGACGACGAAGACGAUCUCGUACUCACAAAUAACACGCGCAACGAGCUCACCGGCGACGACAAGAGCCUGCAGGAGUUAAUCGAGAGCGAGCUGGCGCUGCGAAUCUGCUCGAGCAAGAGCGACGAGGAUGAGGGCGCCAACGCGGAGGAACCCGAGGAAAUCGCCAGCCAGCCGGAGACGAUCAAGAGGAUCGUCCUGGACCGCCGGCAGGAUCCCGUCGACAUCAACGCGGAGUUUAUAGCGGCCGAGAGCGAGCAUUAUUCCUUAAUCGAGGAGCCCUACGGCCAUCGGAACGGCCACACGUCCCCGGACGCCGACGGCGUGAAACCGGAACCGGUGCACUUCCGCGAUGAGCAGAAGGAACAGGUGCUCCUCGAGCAGCCGGAAGUCGGCGCAGCGCCGAUAAUCGUGCAGAAAGCGUGCGACGACGAGCAGGCGUCGACUCACGGCGAGCCUAUCAGCGGCGACGACAGCGAACACUAUCAAGCGACUAUCGUCAAGGACGCCGCGCUUCCCACAGACGAGACGGACUUCAGCAACCCACUCGCGGACGAAACGAGCUCUCGGUCUUUCCCGGCUUCUACGCUUUGUCCCGCGGUCAAGUAUCAACAUGAGGAGGAACUGAUGCAGAAGAACGAUGCGGAACAAAAGCACGCGGGCGUCGCCCCGAACGCCGAACAGGCGCCGCUUUCGGCCGGUUUGCAGGCCGCUCAGUUGUCCGACAACUCUAAUGAAACGAUCUACCGGCCGGAAAAAAAUCUCGAGGAGCAGAAAUCCCCCAACGAGUCUUCCGCGAAUGCCGAUAAUCUCGAUGAUUCCGAACACAGUCGUGUCGAGCAGGUUUCAACGCUGCCGGGCGAACUAUCUCCCUCUAAAACGAUCGGGGAAACAGAUCUGAAGCUGCACGAAAAGCUGGAAGAGGAUUUUCAUGUGCAAUCGAUUCAAGAGCAACUCGAGAUGGAAACAGCCAGCACGCAGGAGUUUCUCGACAUAGAACGUCGUGUGUUGAGCGAGGAAACCGAUCAGGAGGCGCCUCUGAUCGUGGUGUCGUCGGAAGUCGGCGAAUUGCAAACGAUAUCGGAAUCGAUCUCCGAAAAUGAGUCGGCGGAAUUCGGCAAGGAGAUCGCGGAGGAUGCGCAGAACCCGGUGGACGAGUCCUCGAGCGAACUCUCAGCGUCGGACUCGACCUUCAUCGAGAAGACCGAGGUCGUAGUGUCGGAUACGGGCGUGACGAUCUACUCGGAGACGCGACCGGCAGCCGAACAGAUCGAGAAUCUGGAUUCGUGGACCACAGUUGAGGAGGCCACGAGGCCCGCCGACGCCGAGGAGCAACGCGAGGACGCGUCGAAACGCGAUGUUAACGAAGCGACGAGAGACGAUAACGAGGAUAGGCUGGACGAUUCGCUCGCGCCCUCGUCACCCCGCGCGCCCCUAGCAACACCAGACGAGACGGAGACGAGCGAUGUUUCUAACGCCUGCGAUAGCGAAAGCCGCGAGGAAACGGUGACCACCAGCUCCAAUGUGGUGACCUCCUCGAAGGGCGGGACCAAAACGAAGAAGAAGAAGAUCGAGGGCGUCGCUGGUAACGAUGCCUCCUCGCCGAACCUUACGCCGCGCACAAAGAAAACCAAGAAGAGCAAGAAGAGCGAUCUCGAGAAGGAGAACAUCUCCGUGAACAGUAACUUACGAGACGCAAGCAUGCACACGGGUACACGGCGAUCACAUUCGGAGACGAUCGAUUUCUCCGACGAGGACGAUUUGUCGAAUGUCAACGUUAAGUCAUUGACACAGAACUACGUCUCGGAGACGAGUCGCAACGAUCAGGAGAAGCUGUGCCGGGAACGGAUCGCGACCGGCGUGUCCAUCAAGCAAUUAUGUCGCAGCUUUGGCGACAUCUCGAACAUGAGCGACGGCGAUCAGGCGACUUUCGGAAAAGCGAACCACGCGAUGGAAAUCGAGGAGAAAGCGAGAUCGAUGGGUGAUCUGAGAUUAUGCGAGCGGGGUUACUCGAGAUUCGCCAAAGACGCACCCGUCUUCACCGGGGUGUCGGUCAAGGCCCUCAGGGCUUCCUACUGUAGUUUGGCAAGCUUAACGAGCGAGGGUAAGGACAAGGACCGGGCAUGCGAGAGGCCGAAGCUCGAGAAAUCGAGCUUUAACAAAUUCGAUGCUCUCACCAAGAAGACAGUUCUGCAUGUGCGUUCGGUUGACGCGGCAAAAGUGCAACAACAGCUAAAUGCCGUGGGUCAGAAUAGCGAAGCGAAUACGAAUUGUCGCAGCUGCGGCAAGGUCGUGUUCCAAAUGGAGCAGACAAAGGCCGAGGGACUGGUCUGGCACAAGAAUUGCUUCCGGUGCGUGCAGUGCAGCAAGCAGCUUAACGUGGACAAUUACGAGAGCCACGAGAGUACGCUGUACUGUAAGCCACACUUCAAGGAGCUCUUCCAACCGAAACCGGUCGAAGAGUCCGACCAGCCCGUGCGACCUCGAAAGCCGGAGCUGAUCAUACGGGAGAACGAGCCGAAAGAAUUGCCGCCCGAUGUGGUCAGAGCUUCCGACAAACCCGACUUGGGACUUGAGGAACUCUCGAGCUUAAACGUCAAGUCGCGCUUCCAAGUUUUCGAGAAAGCUAGCAUGGAGAACUCAAAUGAUAUCGAGAGAUCGCCGUCGCAGAUCGCCGUCAAGAGAUCGCCCAGCAUCCUCAGCAAACUGGCCAAAUUCCAGGCCAAAGGCAUGGAUAUCGGCGUGGCGGAUGAAUCUCUCAAUGGCAUACCCUACGAGGAAUCCAGCGAAAGUGAAGAUGAAGUGGAAACGGAGGAAACCGAAGAACUGGAGACCGAAAUCAUAAAAUCGAAACGCACCACGCGCGAGCGUCCGAUUAGUUUCUCGAAAAUGGACGAUAUCAAAAAUCGUUGGGAGUCGACCAGUCAACAAGGAAGGCGCGAGAUUCAACGCGAAGCUAGGAAGGAAGAAAUCGCAGGAAUUCGUUCGCGAUUGUUCAUGGGUAAACAGGGUAAGAUGAAGGAGAUGUACCAGCAGGCGGUAGCCGGAAGCGACCGCGUUACAAAGAUAAAUGCAGCAGAGGAGAUCCAGCACUCGACUGCCCACGCUCGCUCCAUCAAAGAGAGAUUCGAACGGGGUGAGCCAAUUGCAGCCUCGGACGACGAAACCGACAGUAAACCGAAACCGGAGAAAGCCGACGAGGAGGUGAUUGCAGCAGGUAUCAGCAGAAAAUCGCGAUCGCUCUUUUUGGAGCUGGACGCCUCUGCAGCGAAGACAGGACGUCCAGUAACGCCAGUGCAACCGAAAACACCGACCGAAACCUCACGGCGCGCACGAGACGCAUUUAUGGGUCGUCAAGUCUCAGACGAUGUGGUACGCAGCUCGGAUACGGCCGAGGAGAUUCACGUAGAAACGUCGGAAAUUACGAACAAGUUCAAAUUCUUCGAGACUUACAAGGAACCGGAGAAACAGCGGAAGCAGUUUCGAAUCACGCCGCCUCGCGAUGGUCAAGUCAAGAUGGAUUCACCAGAUCGAGAAAUCUACCGCGAUCCCGACGUGGUCAGAGCCGACGACAGAGUGAACGAGGUAGUGCACACGGACACGGCGAGGAAGAUGCUGUCCAUCUUCCGACAAAUGGAGGAAAACGCGAGCAAGGAAGAAUUGCCGGAGGGCCCGAAACCCCUAAAGCGCUUCACGCCGCCUCCCGAAGACAAGUACGCCAAGGCGACGGCCUCGGACUCGGAAGAGGACGAGGAAGAAGAGGGCGAGGAGUCCGACGGUGACGACAGUGCCGAGGAAAGAGAUCCCAACUACGUCCGCAGCUCAGAUAAGGUCGAGGACGAGUUCUUGAAACAGGCGCAGAACGCAGCGCGCGCCAAGACUCUACGCGCUAAGUUCGAGCACUGGGAGGAGACCGACGGCAAAGUCAGCAAUCACCACAUCGCCGAAAUAGAGAUGGCUCAAGGCACGGGCGAUCAGUCGAGCAUAGAAUCUGCGAGCAGUCUGAGGGCUCGUUUCGAGUCCCUCGGCUCGCAGACCAACGAAUCCCCGCGCGCACCGAAGGUCAAAGUCAAUCGAUUUGUGUAAGGGAGAGAGACCGAAGAUAUGCGGCUGGAUUAAAUCGAUUGCGAGGAGGGGAGAGAGAAGGAGAAGAAUCGACGGAAGGAAGGAGAGCGUCGGCAACACAACUGCGAUGGUAAAAAGUUUUUUUUUUUUAAAUCUCGUGCAUUGCGCAAUAAUGUUCGGUUAUCGUCAAUUACUGUAACGAUCUUGUGUUUUUCUUAGGGAGAUUGGGUUUUAACCACGCCGAGCGUUACGUUCUCGUGUAGCGAAUCUAGCCCGUAGACUGUACCAUAUGUUAUGCGUUAAUAUAUUAUUACACUAUGAAAGUCUGCGCAACUCCGGAUCCGUCGAGCGUUUCAUUCAAUCGCCAAUUAGAUACGAAGAAGUACGUCAGCGGAAAAAAAGAAAAACAAUCCAAGGCAGAUGGCUGUAAAGCGCGCGAGGCAGCAAUACGCUGAGUCACGUAAGAAAGGCGUGCGAGAAAUUCAGUACAUCUGUAUCGCAAAUCCGAUUAUAGUGCUGUCGAAAAAUUUAUAAUCCAUCUAUUAAUCAUUAUUUUAUAUAAAAUCUAUAUAUUAGAAGAAGGAAACUUGGACGGUUUCAAAAUUUUAAUGAGAGAAAGAGAGAGAGAGAAAGUCAUAUAAUUUUUAAUAUUUUACAGAGUAUUUAAUAUUUUUGUCUAAUUGAAUAAUAUUUUUAUUUUAUCAAGAGAUCGCGCAAAUAUAUUUGUUACGCGGAAACGCUCGACAUCUUAUCUUAAUAUAUAUAUUUAUAACAAAGAGAAAAACCUUGUUUACUAAUUUACUUUAUAUAAAAAAGACGAGCGCCCAUCUGCGUCAUAGGUACGUCGGUUACACAGCUUCAUUAUCAUCAAAAUUCUAUUAGACACGUGUGACCGACAUACCAACAUGAAGCACGAUGGAUUCGCUCCUAAGUAGUGAAAUUCGUAACGAUGCGGACUCAGUCAGCCAUAACUUAACGGUGAUCCAUUAAAACAUCUUCAUAAUUAAUCAAAAGUUCAAAUGUAAUCGCGUGAGCGAUUAUGUGAUUAAUCAUUUUUAUAUAGCAAUUCUUAUUCGGGACAGAGGAGUCACGAUGAUUUUACAAAGUAUCAAAUUUUGUUGAAUACAUUCAACUUUCAACAUAACGAUUUUUCUCGGAACGGAUUUUAACUCUUCUUGACACAAUCAUUGAAUGUUACAAUAUAACGUGCCUUUGUGAUUUCUUUGAUAAAUCAUCCACUAUUUAGAGUAAUCAGUCAAUCAACUAAUUGAUUAAAAUACAUUAUAUUAAAUCACGAGGCUGGUUGCAAAAUAUUUCGAGCAAACAGUAGAUAAAUAAUAUUUGCAGAUCACAUCUUUAUCAUCGACAAUUAUUCAUAUUUUUUUUAAUUCAUCGCAUUUAAUGAAUACUUAACUAACAACAGCAAGAUCAAAACUUUUUUUCCUCAUCGUUACGAUCUUUGUCUACCGCUUUAGAUUUCUGAUUUUCAUAAGUGCCAAGUUUUUCGUCGAUAGAUGAAUGAGUAGAGAGAGAGAGAGAGAGAGAGAGAAACAAAGAGCGAGAGUAAGAGCGCGAAAGAAAAAGAAAGUGCGUGAGAAUGACAAACAAGAAGUAAAAAGUAAUGCUUCCCCAAAUUUCACGUGCGGGAUGAGAGCCUGAAACGAGGAAUUAUCGCCUGUAGAGGAAGUGUCGGGUGCUCUAGGGCCGACUAGUGGUUAGGACCGUAGCUAUUUCGAUCGCUUUUACAAAUUUCGACUCUUUUUACAGCUUAGCGCGGUAGUGCGUAGAUUUUUAUAUGCGUCAACGAUCAAACUGUUCGGGAAAAAAACACACGUGUAUAUACAAUAUAUAUAUAUAUAUAUAUAUCUAUACACUUGUGCGAUAUGAAAGACCGUGAUUACGUAUUUUAUUGUUUAGAGCGCAAAAAAUAUUAAUUCUUGUUGUAUUACGCCUAAGUGCAUUAUUUCUCGUGAGUAAGAUAUCCUUUUAUCGAUGAUUUCAUUUGUUUUGAUACUCAUCGCCAGAUCAUGCAGGAAAGCAGCUUCGUCAUAAAUCUUUAUAACUGACAUUUUCGCUGAUACUGUCAUAUACGAGAAAGUUAUCGAAGCACCGUGCCUAUCGGCACACUUUACACUUUCAGAGAAGAAGCACAAUGCGACUGAUUUUCGGUCGCAGAAUAUCAGGGUAAAACGCGAUCGCUUAUCGAGUUUUUGAAUCGAGUGCAGAGAAUUGUUUAUAGACGCAUACGAAUUUUGUAGACAAUUAUUUAGGUGCUGUGGAAAGAAAAAAAAAAAAAAAAUCGAAAAUGUAUAUUAUCGAGACAGCCGAUGUCUUUCUAUUUUACGCGAAGUGCAAAUAUGCGGAUGAGAUUUAUAUCAAGAAGCGCUAAGCUGGUUUUGAUUUGCGAACAAUCCGCUCGAAUAAUCGAGAUGUUAAAAUUUCGAGACAAUUUCGCAAGUUCUCGUUACGGCCUCUCGAAGUCGCCUAAUUUGUAGCAUAAUAGUUAGCGAUAAUAUUAUAUAUAUAUUUCACGAUUUUAUUGCGACCUUUAGCGUAUCGUUUCUAUCGAUGUAUAACGAUCCUGUUCUGUUAAUCUUUCUCGUGUAACAUUUAUUACGAUAAUACACAAGUGGUAAAUAAAAGAGAUGCUAAAUCUG